AUGGUGAACCUCAAUUCCCCUCACAUCGUCCUCCCCGUUGACGCACCGUCGCCCCCGCUUCCUCUGUUUUCCCGUCGCCAUUGCCCUCCCGUCGCCCUUACCCCUCUCCCCUCCCGUCGCUUCCUCGUCAACGUCGUCGAGCCUCAUUCCGACGCUUUUUUCACCACUCCGACCACCCUCUUUUUCCGUUGUCGUGUCCCCACCACUCCCCACUCUCCUGACAGGCGCGCCCACGUUUCCUUACUUGGGCAUCGCCUUUCCGCAAACAUCGCAUUUGGCCCUAUCGCUCACGCUUUCCCGCAACGUCGGGUUCCCCCCACCGUCUCCCAUGCUUCCCCCCACCGUCUCCCAUGCUUCCCCCCACCGUCUCCCAUGCUUCCCCCCACCGUCUCCCAUGCUUCCCCCCACCGUCUCCCAUGCUUCCCCCCACCAUCUCCCAUGCUUCCCCCCACCGUCUCCCAUGCUUCCCCCCACCGUCUCCCACGCUUCCCCCCACCGUCGCCCACGUUUCCCCCCACCCUCGCCCACGCUUCCCCCCACCAUCGCCCACGUUUCCCCCCACCCUCUCAUCCGCCCUUCAUCUCAUCCUCCCGUCCUCACAUCCUCGUUUCCUCUCAUCCUCCCGUCCUCUCAUCCUCCUUUCCUCUCAUCCUCCUUUCCUCUCAUCCUCCCUUCCUCUCAUCCUCCCUUCGUCUCAUCUUCCUUUCCUCUCACCCACCCUUCCUAUCACCCACUCUUCCUCUCAUCCCCCCAUCCGCCCCACCGUCGCCCACGCUUCCCCCCACCCUCGCCCACGCUUCCCCUAGACGGGACAGGGGAGUGGGGGAGGCGGGGCAGGGGGGGCAGGGGAGGCGGGGGGUACCGUCCGCCCUUCCACUCUCCAUUCAGCCCUUUCUCCAAGCCUCUCUCCACCCUACCACUCUCCCACCCACUCUGUCUUUCAUCCUCCUGCCCCUCCACCCUGCCGCCCUUUUUUUCAAGCUGCCACUUUCCGAUCUUCCUGUCGGCCGCCUUUUCUGUCCGACCCACUUGCUACACCCUACUUGA